AUGAGUCAGCCUAUUAAUGUUUAUUCGAUUCCAGAUCUCACAGUUGCAACAGAUGAAGCAUUGCCAGGUGUUUUUGCAAGACUGGGGUAUACUCAAAACUAUAGGCUAAUUGACACGAAGCUAAUUAUAGGGUACCUGAUCUCGUUCAUUGCUGCGAUUAGUUUUUUGUUGGAUAGAAAAGUUAAAUGGCAUGAUGCUCUCUUUUACCAAAAGGUACUUGUUGCAAGUUACUUGAUGUUAUCUGUUGCAUUUUGGUUUGUUGUGGAAUAUAUGGAAAAUGGAAUCAAAUAUCAAGGCAUAAAGGAUGGGUGUCAAUUGACGGUGAAGACUAAAUACGAGAAAUUCAACCCCAUUUGUAAGGUGGUUUUGAUUGAGGAGUCUGGAACCAAGUUAGAAGUAGAGCUUCCAGCUACAAAAGUGUUUUCAGAGUCUGGGGCUUUGCAGUUUAAUCUCCUACUCAAGUGGUUCGAAGAUCAAAUUAGGGUCUUGGGGGACAAAAAACGUAAAUGA